AUGUCCGUCGGUAUUCCGCCGACGACUUACACGUUAGUCUACACAACCCUUAUUACUACGAUAUCUGAGCCGCAUAUUGCUAAUCAGCAAGCGACCAUCCCUUUCUAUCCCGAAAGCAGAGAGCUUUUGGCUAGACUCGACAACCCUUAUUACUACGAUAUCCUCGGACCGGCUGGUUGUUCUGAGCCGUUGUUCGUUCUCCCUCAGCCGUUUUUUGAGCUGCCUCCUGCAGAGAGAAGAUGUAGACAUGUGUCAAAGGAUGAUGAUGAAGAAGAAGCUGAUGUUUUCUUAGAUGAUUUCCCGGCUGACAUGUUUGAUCAAGUUGACGAUCCAAAUCAGAGUCCUUAG